UCUCUGCUGUCGAUGAAAGAAAACCCCUGUCUAAGCAGACGCAGUGGCCGUUGUGGCAGGGGAGGGCGAUGUCAGAAAGUUCCGGGGUUAUUCCUACCUGUAAACCUUCAUUAACACUUGUGGAUGCUCCCUGGUCUCAGACUGGGUUUUUACGGAGAGCGUGGAGAGCAGGCUCUGUGCAGCACGAGAUCGCCAACAGAAAGUGCCUUUUAAGACAUCAGCCCUAAUGCAUAGCUGCCCCGUGAUCCAGGAUUGUGUCUAUCCAUCACUCCUUUCCCCCUGAGCCCUGACGUCUCCAUCACGAAACAUUGUCCUUUUCGCCCCGGCCCCGGUCCUCACGGAGAUCCCAGAGGGAAGGUUUUCAUCGUGCCGUCAAGACCUGUUUGCAGCCCUGAUUUGAAAAUCAAGCUCUGAAAUCAAGUCAGCACUCUGGAAUAACAAUUAGUUCAGUGCAGCAGCUGUGUAACACCACGUGAUCUUGUCCUCGGAUGGCUUAAGACCUUUAACCUUUGAGCUUCCCGAUGCUCUGUCUGUUCCGGGUCGUCUGAGCAUGCCUGUCUCCCCCGCCAGAGACCUCUCACUGGGGCAGACAGAUCUAUGAGUGCUUACAUGCCAAUACGUUAGAUUGCUGCUCGGUUAGCCAUCACCCUUAGUCUGCACUGACUCUGCAUCUCUAUUACGCAUACUGAGCACAACAGGAAGGUCAUUCACAGGCCUCUGUGGGUGAAAAAGCUUUGUGCGAGGCCAUUGUUUUCCAUAGCCAACAUUUUUUUAACCGUAGUCAGCCUUCACCAAAUCCGAAAGCCCUUUACCCGAUCAUGGCUUUAAACCUGACGUCGAUACGGGACACGAAAUGGCUGACUCUGGAGGUGUGUCGCCAGUUUCAGAGGGGCGCGUGCUCUCGCAGUGAUGACGAAUGCAAAUUCGCUCACCCACCAAAGAGCUGCCAAGUGGAAAAUGGAAGAGUUAUCGCCUGCUUUGACUCUCUCAAGGGUCGGUGUUCCAGAGAAAAUUGCAAAUACCUUCACCCGCCCCCUCAUUUAAAAACCCAGCUGGAGAUAAACGGACGAAACAACCUCAUUCAGCAGAAAACAGCAGCGGCCAUGUUGGCUACACAGAUGCAGUUCAUGAUCCCAGGCACAAGUAUUCCACCUGUGCCGACGUUUCCUGUAAACCAGAGUUUGGGAGGGAGUGCUGGUAUCAACUACAGCCCUUACAUUUCUCCUGUUACGCACGGGAUGGGGCUGGUUCCCACGGAGAUGCUGUCCAGUAACCCAGUCAUGGUUCCCAGCAGCCCCCCCGUAACGGUCCAGAGCUCCACCUCUUCCCCCUCCCAGAAAUCAGUGCGCACUGACAAGCUUGAGGUGUGUCGCGAGUUUCAGCGUGGAAACUGUUCGCGGGGGGAGACAGACUGUCGUUUCGCCCACCCGAUUGAUGGCCCCAUGGUCGACACGAACGACAACACGGUCACCGUCUGCAUGGACUACGUCAAAAGCCGCUGCUCGAGGGAGAAGUGCAAAUAUUUCCACCCUCCGGCGCACCUGCUGGCCAAAAUCAAAGCCAACCAGCACCAGGCCAGUCAGACGGUGGCUGUGGCCCAGGCGGCGGCCGCGGCCGCAGCGAUGACUCAGUCGACUGGCAAAGCAAUGAAGCGACCCCUCGAGGCAACCAUAGACAUGGCUUUCCCUCACACCAUGCUCCCGCCUUUACCAAAGAGGCCAGCCCUGGAGAAGACCAACGGAGCCAGUGCACUCUUCACGCCCAGCGUUCUACACUACCAACAGGCACUGGCCAGCGCUCAGUUUCCCCAGUCUGCCACCUUCUUCCCCACAGGGUCGGUGUUGUGCAUGUCUCCUGCUCCCAGCAUUGAUCAUCCUGAAAUAAGCCCGAGGAACGGGACGGGAUGUCAGCACGCGGCACUGAUGGCUCCCACACCGCAGCCGUCUCAAUACAACAUCCUCUUCUCCCAAGACAUACAGCAACCUGCAUGCUAAGAGUAGGACUACUCCACACAGGCAAAAAAAACUGGACCAGUCCACCAAGUGCUCAUGAUGGGUAAAGAACCUGUAGGAAACGCACGUGCUAGGUUAAUACUGAGAUAUACACACGGCUCUCUCGAAGCAUUACAUGUACAUACACCACGUUUCUAAAAGUUUUAUCAGAAAGAUUUAUUACUAACUCGUUUGGGUUUCUUUGGCUAUCUCCGUGUAUGUUUUAAUAUAUUUUGUCCCAGUUGAUAUUUAAUUUGCCGUUUUUGAAAGAGGCCGAGAGUUGCGUGAAAACGUGGAUGUGUUUUAGUAAAAACAAAUUAGAGCUAAAUCCUCUAAACCUGUUGCCCCAGAAAAAUACAUAUUGGAUCAGCCUGAUCAUGCGUGACGCUGCUCUCUGAUACGGCUGACCUGACGUCCCCUCACACACGUGAAUGCCAUAGAAAAGAAUGUGUUAAGUGUCUCUGAUGGUCCCUCAUUUCCCUGCUGUUUUCUGUCCCCUCUCUGUGUCUGCUGCUGUGCUAGGAUGUCCGUGGAGAGACACUCGCGUCUUUUGCCAAAUUGGUUAAUCCUAAUGGCAAACCUGAUUCCCUCUCACAAUGGCCAAAAUAGAACAGAACAGAGGAGCGGUGUUAACGUCAGCCAGCUUUAAGUACCUUGUAAUUCUUGGGGAAAUUCAUCUCUCGAGAUGAGUGCAUAUUCUUUUUUUUAUUUUUUUUUUUUGUUUUGUUUUGGUUUUUUUUUUUUGCCUGAGUCCUUGAGAAGGGAGAGAAACUCAUAGGCCUGUUUAGUGUGCCAAUCACGUCGCAGCGUGAGCAAAGUCAAGGUUUCCUCCAAACCCUAAAGGAGAGUCCCGUUUGGUUGUCUGCAGGCAGACGUUAACUGCAGUGAUACUGGAAUACGGCUAAACGCAGGCUAGAUGGACGUAUUCCAGACACGUCACAGUUUCGAAAAGGAUUUCUACUCUUAAAGAGUGUGAGAUCGUUUGUCUAACUGGCUGAAUUGUAUUUGUAAGGGAAUAUUUUGGUGAAGGCAGGAUGUGUUGAUCCUGUUUUAUUUGAGAUAUUCUAAAAGUGCCUAAAAGAAAUCCUCCCUCAGUCGCUUGCAUCUUCAGAAGCUGCGUUUGAACUGUGCUUUCAAAUCCAAGUGGACAAAUUUGUCUCAGUCCUAUGAAAUGGAAGAAAGUUUUUUUUUAAAAAAAAACCCUUUUGUUUUAAAUCAGUCCGCUUCUGUUCAACUUUUAACUUUUCAUACGUGGUUAUUUUGAAGAGUGAGGUAUUUCAACUGUAGUUCCAUCGCUAUUAAAAUGUCAUUUCCAUUUAAAACAAUUGAGUGCAUCAGGGGAUCCUGAACCGGUUAGAGGGUAAUUUUUUUUCCUUUUCUGAACAACAAUGUUCCAUUCACUUUAAGGACUUCUGAAUUGUCAGUGCAGUCCAGUGUAAAGCCCUGUAUAAACUAAAACAGAGCAUGUAGAAACUGAAUAGGACCUAGAAAUAAAUAAAUAAAUGUGUGUAUAUACAUGUAUAUAUACACAUACAUACAAACACACACAGUAUAUUUGCAUAUAUAGUGAUUACUGUCAAGACAAGUAACAAAUAAUCAAAUAAUCAAAGCUGCGUGUAACACAUGGUAUAUAACCCGUAUAUUUCACAAGACUUCACUUAGUUGUAUUUGGUCAUUCAUUUUUAUGUUUAUAAAGGGGUGUGUGUGUGUGUGUGUGUUGUUGUUGUUGUUUGAAUGGGUUUAAAUUUUAAAUUGUGAUAUUUUGUCAUGGUGUAAUAGCACCAUGUGGAGACAAUCCACAGUUAUGGUUAGUAUAGAAUGAAGAAGGCACUAUUUUUACCCCCCCCCCUCCUCCUCCUCCUCCUCUUCCUCAGACAUUGUAAGUUUAAAUAUAAAUGUCACUGUGGAAUUCUAUAAAAUCUAUUGUUUCAUUCUGUUAGAUGUUAGCAGUCGGAGAAUGUUAUAACCUAUUCUAUUUUAAGAUGAAUGUAAUUUAUUGAGCUGGGCCUUGUUCGACUGGGUUUCAGUUAAAGGACCAGGCCUCUGUUACUCUAGCCUAUCAGGGGGCAUGUGUGGUAGAGGCUGAAACCUGAGAGCUGUGUUUAAAAGGUCUCCAGGUCUCUGUCCUAUCACUGCCUCGUCAACAACACAGCAUAGUCCUGGCUGAUCUGUUAAACUGCUCACAUUAUGUCAAACAAAGAAACACAACGUAUCCAGGAAACAAGAGAGAACUUUACUUUAUGUGGUAGGUUGCUAAUAUUCCAUAACCAUACUAAUUUGUCCCUGUUUAAAAUCUAAAAUUGUUCUUACGUAAGUUAUGUACUUUUGUGAAUGCUGUAUGUAUUAUUUUUAGAGCAAUCUAUCGACGUUAGAUUGCAUGAGAGAGAACUGUCUAGACUUUCUUGACCCUCUUGAAGAAAAAGAAAAUUUAUAUAUUGUUUUUUAUUGAAAUUUAUCUGCCUUUUGGUCAUUUUGCUCCGUGAUUCUCAUCAGAUUGUCAGAACGAAACUUUAUAACAAAACCUUUCUUUUAUUCUCAGAAAUUAAAUACAUAAACAAGAAACUCUACAAUCAGCAACUCCACCCUAAGAAUGAUACUUAUGUCAUGUGUUUUUCUUGAACAUUAUGAAUGUUCUUACAGAAUUCAGCUCAAGCUCAGACUUCAUCCAGUAUAAGCGGAUGCUUGAAAGUCAGAGUGUGUUUUUCCCAAUGUGGGCGGCUGUUUUAAAGCACUUUCUGAAUGGGAGUAGAACCGACCUUCAGAGUUUAGAAUUAUUAUGGUCUUUGCCUUAUCUUCAGUAUGUUUCUCUUAAUUUUUUUUUUUUGCUUAAUUUUUCAGAAGUUCUCA